GGCUCGGGGAGCUGGAGACCAUGGGUCGGGGCUGAGAGGAGGCUCCGGGGCGCUGAGGGGGCGCCCGGGCCGCCCCCGGCGCGCCCCCUCCUCCCCGCCGACGCCCCGCCCGGCUCCGCGGCGAAUGGCUUUCAUGAUGAUGAAGAAGAAGAAGUUCAAGUUUAAGGUGGACUUCGAGCUGGAGGAGCUCUCCUCGGUGCCCUUUGUCAACGGGAUCCUCUUCUGCAAGAUGCGGCUGCUGGACGGGGGCAGCUUCAGCGCCGAGUCCUCCAGGGAGGUGGUACAAGCAAACUGUGUUCACUGGAGAAAGAAGUUCUCAUUUAUGUGCAAAAUGAGCGCAAGUGCGGCUACGGGUGUUCUGGAUCCUUGCAUCUACAGGGUCUCUGUGAGGAAGGAAUUAAAAGGCGGAAAAGCUUAUGCAAAGUUGGGUUUUGCAGAUCUAAACCUAGCAGAGUUUGCUGGAUCAGGAAAUACCACUCGUCGCUGUUUACUAGAAGGUUAUGAUACCAAAAAUACAAGACAGGAUAAUUCUAUUCUUAAAGUCUUGAUCAGUAUGCAGCUCAUGUCUGGUGAUCCAUGUUUUAAAACGCCUCCUUCCACAUCAAUGUAUAUACCAAUUGCCGGUGAAUCUGAAUUUCUACAUGAGGAUCGGAAGGGUGGAGAGACUCUCAAAAUCCACCUCGGGUUGUCAGAUCUGUCAGCAAAGAGUGCCUCAGUUCCCGAUGAACUUGGUGCCUGUGGACAUUCCAGAACAUCAAGCUAUGCAAGCCAGCAAUCAAGAGUGUCAGGUAGUUAUAGUACAUGUCACUCCAGGUCAUCCAGUUACUCUGACCUCUGCCACAAGAGAAAUGCUUCAGUGGGAAGUACAUCAACAGGAAUUGAAAGUAUCCUAGAGCCAUGUGAUGACACUGAACAGAAAGUAGUUGACCUUAAUCUUGAUGCACCUAUUAAACAAGAUGGUGAUGGAUCAUCAGAAAAGCUCAACAGGCACCCUGUGAAGCAAGACUCUGUGGAAUCUCAACUAAAACGUGUUGAUGCUACCAGAGUGGAUGCAGAUGAUAUUGUUGAAAAAAUAUUGCAAAGUCAAGACUUCAGCCUAGACUCCAGUGCAGAAGAAGAAGGACUGAGGCUAUUUGUGGGUCCUGGGGGGAGUACAUCUUUUGGCAGCCAUCACCUUCCAAAUAGAGUGGGAUCUGGAGCGUAUGAACAAGUUGUGAUCAAACGCUAAUGUGGAGCUUUCCAUGGAUCUUGGAUUGGACUUUCAGGUCCCUUUUCUCAAACUCUUGUGAGAAAGUAGACAGGAGAUGAAAUGGAUUCUUCUGUGAAAAAGGAAAAUGAACAUCGUUUGUCUUGUUCAUCUCAAAGUGCCUCUUGUUCCAUGAAAGGACACUUCAGCGUGGUAGUACAAGGCACCAUUAUACAGUGAGGGCCAUGGGCAGACAUAAGUCGCAAAUGUACAUAUUAGUGAAAUAUUUGCUUUCUACUUAGAAAACAUCCUGUCUUGGAAAGGAAAAAAAGAAUUCCAUAUAUAGUAAGUGUCAUUUCUAUAUACACAAUCAGUGGUAAUUACUGUUUGGAAUUUGGCUUGAAGAAGAAAGUCCCUUUUUUUCACUGAUGAGACUGUUAGAAUCCAAAUUUAUAAAUUCUUCCUAUAUUAAUAUAGGUUUUUUCCAAGGAACUAUUCCUAUAUACUACCUAUAAUAUCACCACCAAAUUGAAGUCCCUUAUCUAGGCAUUACUUAAUUUAAAAUACGGAUUUAUGCUUUUAGGGAAAAUGCUUCUCAGUGAUCUAAAUAUAAAAACCAUUUGUUAUUAGUUCAGAAUUUAUCAAAUAUAAAUACACUUGCAGUGCCCAGAAAUAGGUACAUAAAAGUUAAGGUGAUUAAUUCUAUCAGAUGAAAUUCUUGUGCAUGGUAUUGCUCCUAUUUGCUAAUAGAUAUGGAAAAGUUAUGGGUACUGACACUCUGGAAAUGUUUCAAAUAAGCUUUUAAGUUUAAUGUCCAAUAUAUUAGGUUACCAGAAGUCACCUUGACCCUCCUGGAAAUUCAUUUAACUCACAGAAUGAUGGAAUCUACUGUUUUUAGGUGCAAAAUCUCAGAGGACUAAAAGUAAAAUUGUCAUCUCAGUGGAGUCAGGGUGGCCUUUGGCACAAAGGCUUGGCUCUAUGUGAGCCUGGAAAGUGAAUCCAGUAUGGCACAGGACAAAGCAAAGCGGACCAGCUGCUGCUUGGCAUUGAUGAUGUGGAUUUGUUUCUUCUGUCAUCCCUCUGUAGUCAGGUACUAAGUUUUUCCUUAACCACGCCCUAAGGUGCCUUGAGAAAAGGAGAAUAAGCAAAACCACUUCAAAGAAUACAGAGACAAUGUAGCCUACUUCUUUCUAAUUGGGGGGUAAGGGGGAACGGCCUACACUGCAGUAUACAUGUGAAAGAACUUCACCUUUUUCAUUCUGGAUCAUUUAAUCACUAUAACAGAAUAUUAAUUGAUUAGUAAUUCCCAGCCUCUUAACUUUCAGACCUGACACCCUGUGUCUAAGAAAGGAAUUGCAUUUAAAUGUCUGCAAAUAGAAUUUUUUGGCAAAAAUAUUUUCAUUUAGGCUAAAUUAGAGAGCAAUUAUAGUAUUUAUUUAAAUGAGAGCAAUUUUUAAUAUUCAAGUGUUAUUUUUAACCUAAUAUUUAGAGGUUUGGAGCAGUUAUGUUAUAACAACAAAUGUUGGGACUUAAUUUUUUAUUCUAGUAUUCCAUUGUUCAUACAUGUAUUCUACAGUUGCUUAAUGAUACUCUGGCCCAAUGCUAUUUUUAGGGCCUUGGUUGGGGUUUUUGGGGGGGGAGGGUACAGGUGAAACUAGGCUUGUAAUUUCAUUAGUUUAGGAAGCUCUUGGAAUGAAUAUUCUCCCCAUCAAUGCAGUUUUUUUUUUUUUUUUCAAAAAAGGGUAGGGGAGUAAUAUUUGUUGAAGAAUACAUAGAAUGAGUUAGGGUUAGAGUUUCCUGAAUCAUUAUUUAGAAAUUCCUUUGGAGAAGUAAUCGUUGAGAAUUAAUGAGGAAAGCUUAUUUUAAAAAGUAACAAAAAGGUAUUUACAGACUAUAGACUGUCCCAUAUAUUAUAGAAAUCAUUGUAAAAAAGAAAGUAAAGGACAAUUUUAAUAGAGAGCCAUUUAAAAAGAGCUAUUUCUUAAUGGCAUAACAUUGAAAAACAUAUUUUUCUAUUGCCCAAAUAUUGCUUCUAGGUUAUAUUUUUUAUUGGAGUUAUAUCUGUUGGCUUUGUUGUAUGAAGAUGAGAGCCAGAAUGUAUUUCCAUAGUGCAAUACUAUUUUAAAAUAAUAGUAAAGUGUGGAGAGAAAUGGAAAAACUAAAAAUCAUAUUUUUAUUUUAAAAAUCCAACAGCUACCAGUAAAUCUUGAUCUUGGAAUCGGCCCGUAUAAAGUUGGAAAGUGUUUUAAUGAAUAUAGGCAUUAAUUACAAGAAGGAAAAAAGCACUUGUAAGUAAGUGCCUUUAGGAUCUGAAUUCAAUGAGAGCCUAUAACAUUUUAUUUCUCUUUCAUGUUCCAUUCGUAUUGCAUUAUUGGAUUUUUUUAAAAAACAAAACCUUCUUCUAGUCUUGCUACAAGUUUUGCAUUAUUUAAUGUCUGAUUAAACAUCUGCAUUCCUUUUCUAGUUUCAUUCACUUAGAGCUCCAAUUGCCUCAGAAUAUCAGUGUAGUCAUCAACUAUAUUUAAAGCCACAAGUCUAGUUUUUAUUCUGAUUUACAGUUAAAUGAUCUAAUUCUAAGAAUUAGUUGCAGUUUUAAUAGAUUUUUUAAACAUUACAUAACUAAAUUUCAAAUACUUAAGAACCAAAGAAGUUUUAGAAACCUGAAAGAGGGACAUAUUUUUUUUUUCUGAUUCUGUCCCAAAGAAGGGCAUUAAUAUAUUCUUAAGGAAUAUAAGUUUAUUUCAACAUGUUGGAGAAAGACAUUAGUAGGGAUGAAGGAAAAAACUAAAAUAUGUUUCAGAGGAGUAUGUCUGUAGAGGUCAGUCAGAACGCCCAUUUUCACAAGGUUUAGCAUGUGGUUCCCCCAAAUCAGAAAAGAUCUGAAAGAACACGUGGAGUACUCUUUCUAAUCUAACAACAUUCUAGCAGAACAGUAUAGACCCCAAACAGGCUUCAGCCUGUCAUUUUAUCCCAUUCCAAGGACACGCCAACAAUAAUACUAGUAACCAAAUUGGUUUCCUCUAACAAUGCUUUGCCUUUAUAGAGAGUUGGCAGGAACCUUGUGAGUUCAAUUACCUCAUUUUAUAGAUAAGAAAACUGAGAUCCAAGAGGUGACAGACCCAAGGUCACACACUCAGUAUUCAAAUCAGGAUUUGAACUCAUGUUCUCUGGCUCCAAGAACACCCGGGAGCCUUUAAAUUUAAUCUAAUAGUAGCUUGAAAGAAGUAAAUAUCCCACCAGCCUCCAGUAAAAACAUGCUCAAAUAAGAUAGCAAUGAAUGAAAAACAAACAAACAAACAAAAAAGAUAGCAAUGAAUG